CUCACUGGUGAAUCCCGCCCACUUCUCUGUCAUUUUAGACAUAUGAGGGUUACACAGUCAAACAGGGAAAAUAACUCCGAGAGUAAACUGUUGUAUUUAUCGGGCUUACUUAAAUUGAUUUUGCUUCUUGUUGAGACAAAAUAUAUUUAUUCGCUUAGAACCGAGAACCGUAGUGGCGGUUGAAUUUAAAUGAGCCAGAUUGUUGUUAUGUGAGUGGAUGAAGACGUUACCGCCUGGUGUUAUUGGUGUAAAUGUAAAUAUGGCGAUGCUAGAGAAAAGUCCGUUACCGGUUAAGAGUGACCUUUUAUACCUGCGCUGGAGUCAGGUAGUGAAAGAACAACAAGCUCGGCUGAGUCCAAGCCGAGGGGACGCACCUGUACUGAACAAACACACACCGCUGUUUGGAAAGAAAAGCUCUGAGGUGAUUGCAUCGGAGGAGCAGCCACCUGAAACCAUCAGCUGUCUCAUCUCGGACACCAGACACAAGGUUUGUGUACAAAAUGUGUCUUGUGCUGGUCGUGCACUCAGAAAUGCUUUUUUAUCUAAUGGACAAGAAAACUGGAAAGCCCACGUGAAACUAGCCAGAAUCAUCAAAAAGAGUUUUAUAGGACAGGAGCUGGUGCAGUGGCUCAUGGAGCAGUUUGUGUUUGUUGAAAACAGAAAUGCAGCUGCUAGAGUCUGGAAUGUUUUGCUGGAGCUGGGCAUCCUGCUUUCAGUGGAAAGGCAGGCAGUGUUUGAAGACUCUGAAACGUUGUACCAGUUCUCCUUUGAGGAAUGUGAAGCCCAAAGCUGUGAAUUUAGAAAUCAGAGCCAGUGGCAAAAUGGAGUGAAUCUUCUCUUAUGUGUGGCACCUCACACUCCUCACACGCUCCGUGUGGUCACCCCUAAACCGUGUGAGGGAGAGCAUAAGAGAAGUUCUCAUGCCUGUAGUCCAGUAGAUGUUGUCCAAAUGAGAGCCCUGGAGCACCUCACAUCAAAGGUGCAGAAUGAACUGGCAGCAGCACUGGCUCGAAAAGGAAGGUGCAAAUCAAUGAUUGAGGACACUUUGCCAGAGCACUCUGUUGACCUCCCACCCUGCACAUUGUCUUCCAAUGAGAAAAAGCAGGGCCCGGGGACUGGAUUACACAACAGAGAGGACAUGAGUCGCAUGGAGAUGGUCCAGCGACUAGCCAAGGACGGAUGCCGCCUCCUCCACAGCCCGCUUAAACCCACUGAACGACCAGCUGAGCCCCUCGGUGACGCAGCAGUCCGUGUGUGUGUGAGAGAAAGGAGCCGAGAGAUGCUGCUGCUUCAGAGGACUACGUCAGAGAAGGCACCCUCCUCCUCCUCCUCCUCUGACUCAUCUCUGUCUCACAGGUAUGCCAGUGUGCCCGCCAGCCCGGAGAAGGUUCUGGAACACCUACUCAGCCACCUGACGCUGGACGAGGACAGCGGGAGCCCUCAAGCAAGAGAGACAGAGAGUCUUCUUGAUGACUUUUUGCUGACUUAUCCAGUGUUCAUGUCUACCAGUGACCUUUGCCAAGCACUUCUUGGACACUAUUGUUUGAAGCGAGGCAGGAUUAAGGAAGAAGGGAAAGAUACUCUGCUGAGGAAGCGUAAAGUCCUGCACCUGCUUUCCCAGUGGAUCGCACUCUAUCGUGACACACUGCUGGAAGGCGAACACACCAAACUAUUUAUGAAGAUGCUGUAUCGCUACGUUCUGGAUGACCUUUAUGAAUACCCAACUCUGGAGAAAGAGGUGAAGGAGCUCCAGAAACUUCUCCGCAUGCAACGCAGACAUACGGUGGAUGAAUACUCUCCACAGCGGAAGAAUAAAGCACUUUUCCACCAACUGAGCCUGAAAGAGACCUGGCAGCCUGCAAGAAUGGCCCAGAGGCAGAAUAAGGAAGUUCUGUGUCACGUGUAUGUGACCAUGGACUCAUAUGUGAGUGUGAGGACACAUGGCGAGGUAACAGCGCAGGAGCUGCUGGCUGCAGUGGCUGAGAGAUUAGAGUGUGCAGAGGAUGACAUGGUGCUGCUGGCCGUCACCUACUCCAGAGGGAAGGUGCUGCUCCAGCCGCAGCAGUGUGUGUACUCAGACUCCCUCGGUGCUGUGAGCAGGCUGUGUGUGUGCAGGAGAGACCUGACAGAGACCACUAGCCUCGUCACAGAUAAUGGACAGAUGCAACAGCCAACAGUCAGGAUGCUGAGUAUGAACACGUGGGACAUAGCCGUGGCUCUGACUAACUGUGACUGGAGUCUCUUCAGAAAUCUGCAGGAGCAAGAACUGGUUUAUUUCACACUGAGCCGCGAUUCUUGCUCUGGCCACACAGUGGCGUUGGAGCUGCUGCUUCAGCGCUGCAACGAGGUGCAACAGUGGGUGAUGACUGAAGUGCUGCUGUGCCCCACGCUCUGCAAACGUGUGCAGCUCUUUAAGAAGUUCAUCAAGAUUGCAGCCCACUGUAAAGCACAGAGGAACCUGAACUCAUUCUUUGCCAUUAUAAUGGGUUUGAAUACUCCAGCCGUCAGCCGACUGACUCAGACGUGGGAGAAAGUUCCUGGCAAAUUCAAAAAGUUGUUCUCCGAGCUUGAGAACUUGACAGACCCAUCCUUUAACCACAAAGCCUACAGGGAUGCCUUCAAGAAAAUGAAGUCUCCCAAAAUCCCUUUCCUACCUCUGCUACUGAAAGACAUUACAUUCAUUCACGAGGGAAACAAAACCUUUCUUGAUAAUCUGGUCAACUUUGAGAAACUGCACAUGAUGGCAGACAUGGUGCGGGUCAUAAGGCAUUGUCAGACAGACCACAUGGGAAACAUGUUGACCCAGAAGGAAAGUCCUGAUGUCAAAGUCUACAUCAACUAUCUACACAUCAUCGACAAUCAGCAGACCCUGUUUGAGCUUUCACACAGACUGGAGACAAAGGUCUAGGACACGUGUGUGUGUGUGUGUGUGUCUUAAUGUGUUUCAAUGACUAAUGAGAGAAGAGCUGAUGACAUAAUCCUUCUUAUGUGGCCAAGACACUGAGAAGGAGGCACAAUUAACAUGAACAGCCACAAGGGGGAGAGACUGAGCCUCACAGACUGCACAGAUCAGAGGAGGAGAGAAUCACAAGGAGCCAAGGACCUUUAGCUUUUUACAACUGCAUAAAUGUGAAAUGGCACUGAAAAAACUGGGAUGGCUAUUAACCUAGCCAAGGCAACAAGAAGGUAUUACAAAUCAAAUGAUACGUUGGAGUACACUGGUCUCUUAUUAACAAGCCUGAACCCAAGUCAUAGGCAUGAAAAUGUUGAAUUAAAAAAGUCUGAGGUAACAUAAUGGUUGUACAGGAAUGCGUGAUGCUUUGCAAUGAUCAUAGAUAACUAUUUCCAGCCUUAGACAAUCAGAAAAACAAAUCAAAAAACAGGCUUUGCUGUAUUUGGAUUAUUUUCAGGACUUAGCAGUAGUAGCUAAUGUAUCUAAUGAGAUACAUUACAAAUUCAUCAUGCAUCAGAGUUACACUAUGAGAGCAGAGCAGAAUUAUACGAAGCACAUUUAUUUAUAGUCUCCUUGUAACUGAGAUGUGCAUUUGCAUCUUCAACAUAAUAACGGGAACACUGAUUAGUUCAGUAUUAGUCAGUAUAGUGAGGAGGAGGAGGAGGAGGAGGUAGGUCGUCACCUCAGAAAUGCAGUGUGUGUGCUGUGUUUUGAACCAUACUGGUCUAUAUGAUUUGGCAGUGCCGCUGACUGACCAGUAAUAAAUGUGCAUGUUUAAUAAACGUGUAAACAUUGUAAAUACUUUAAAUUAAUUUUCUGGUGUUUUCUAAUUGACAGCAAAGCAAUACAUUUGUGUUCAUGCCUCCAUGAAGCAUCAUUUGUUGGCAAUGUAUGAUAAUUUUUUUUUCUUUUUUUAAAUCAAUUUAUUCUAAAACCACUGAAAAAACCCAUUAAAACUUAGGACUGUUA